AUGCUUCUUAUUUCUAUUUUGGCUUUAUUUUCUUUCAUACAAGUUCAUGCUGAGCCGCCUUUUGCCUGUGAUUUCGAAGAUGGAACAAUGUGUGAAAUGGAAAAUGGCCUUUGGUUCGAUCCGCAGCGUCCAGUACACAAUUUUAGCCUCACCAGCGGAGAAUUAGUACCGGACAAAGAAAUAGCGCCCUCUAAAGAUCACACAUACAAUACCAGCUCAGGCCAUUUUGCUUAUUGGCAUCAACCGUUCGAUUCUCCACAUACGAACAUGGACGGAUGCUUAAUUAAGGUUGAUCGGAAUGGAACAGUACUGAGUAUUUAUAUCAAAGGCUGUGGCUUUCGUCCAUUGUGGGCCGUGAGAACGGACGACACACUGGGUUGGCAAACUGAUGAAAUACCACUGGUUGGCUAUAAAUGCAAUGUUACAAUUUGGUUUAAUAUCAUGGCAAAUCUAAAAAAUAGUGUUUCUGUUGCACUGGAUGACAUUUCUGUCGAUAUUUGUGCCAGAUAUAGAACAACAACCACUCCUCAGCCUACACCGAGUCGCUCGAUACGAUUCACAGACAACAUUUCGCUAUUAGCGAUUAUGUUUCUCGUCAGUAUGAACUACUUAUUAUAG